GGGAGUUUGUCAAGACAAGAGAGGAAACUGCAGAACGCCGAUGAGCUGUCCGGAAAAUAGCACAAGCUCUAACUGUCUGCGCGUAUAUUGUCACGUCAUCCGUAGGAAACAGUUUGGAUAAAGCAGGUCUUUCGAAACAGCGCCUGCGAGAAAUCACCAGCCAAAAUGUCAGACGCAGAGAGGUUCCUCUAUGGUGACCGCAACACCAUCAAUGACCCUCUGGCUCAGGCCGACUGGUCUUCCAAGAAGCUGGUUUGGGUUCCCUCUGAGAAGCUUGGCUUCGAGGCUGGCUCCAUCAAAGAGGAGACUGGAGACGAGUGUCUCGUGGAGCUCGUCGACUCCGGCAAGAAGAUCAAGGUGAAUAAAGAUGACAUCCAGAAGAUGAACCCACCCAAAUUCAGCAAGGUGGAGGAUAUGGCCGAGCUCACCUGCCUGAAUGAAGCCUCGGUGUUACACAACCUGAGGGAGAGAUACUUCUCCGGCCUCAUCUAUACAUACUCCGGUCUCUUCUGUGUGGUGAUAAACCCAUACAAGCAUCUGCCCAUCUACACCGAAGAGAUUGUAGAGAUGUACAAAGGCAAGAAGAGGCACGAGAUGCCACCUCAUAUCUAUGCCAUUACAGACACGGCCUACAGGAGCAUGAUGCAGGAUCGAGAGGAUCAGUCCAUAUUGUGCACAGGUGAAUCGGGUGCAGGAAAAACAGAAAACACCAAGAAAGUCAUCCAGUAUCUCGCACACGUGGCGUCGUCCUCCAAAACGAAGAAAGAUCCAGGCAGCGUCACCCUGUCACAUGGGGAGUUGGAGAAACAGUUGCUUCAGGCUAACCCGAUUCUGGAGGCCUUUGGCAAUGCCAAGACGGUGAAGAACGACAAUUCCUCUAGAUUUGGAAAGUUUAUCAGGAUCAACUUUGAUGUGAACGGUUACAUCGUCGGAGCCAACAUUGAGACAUAUCUUUUGGAGAAAUCACGUGCGAUCAGGCAGGCCAAAGAUGAGCGGGCCUUUCAUAUCUUCUAUUACAUGCUGACUGGAGCGGGAGACAAACUACGCUCUGAGCUGUGCUUGGAGGACUACAGUAAGUAUCGUUUCCUGUCCAAUGGCAAUGUCACCAUCCCUGGACAACAGGACAGAGAGAUUUUUGCAGAAACCAUUGAUGCCUUCAGGAUUAUGGGCUUCCCGGAUGAUGAACAGACAGGUCUGUUUAGGGUGGUGUCCGCUGUGCUACAACUGGGAAACAUGAGUUUCAAAAAAGAACGUAGCUCAGACCAGGCCUCCAUGUCUGAUGACACGGCUGCUCAGAAGGUGUGCCACCUCUUGGGCAUGAAUGUGACUGAUUUCACCCGUGCCAUACUCACGCCACGCAUAAAAGUGGGCCGUGAUUUCGUACAGAAGGCUCAGACUCAGGAACAGGCCGAGUUUGCCGUGGAAGCUCUGGCCAAAGCCACAUAUGAAAGGUUGUUCCGCUGGCUGGUUAUGCGAAUCAACAAAGCUCUAGACAAGACUAAGCGCCAGGGAGCUUCUUUCAUUGGAAUCCUGGAUAUCGCUGGAUUUGAGAUCUUUGAGCUGAACUCAUUUGAGCAGCUCUGCAUCAACUACACCAAUGAGAAGCUCCAGCAGCUCUUCAACCACACCAUGUUCAUCCUGGAGCAGGAGGAGUAUCAGCGUGAAGGCAUCGAGUGGAGCUUCAUCGACUUUGGUCUCGACCUGCAGCCUUGUAUUGAACUCAUUGAAAAGAAUGCUGGUCCUCCAGGAAUCUUGGCUCUGUUGGACGAAGAAUGCUGGUUCCCCAAAGCCACCGUUAAAUCAUUUGUGGAGAAGGUCGUCCAGGAACUGGGCAACAACCCCAAAUUCCAAAAGCCAAAGAAGCUCAAAGAUGAUGCCGACUUCUGUGUUAUUCACUAUGCUGGCAAGGUCGAUUACAAGGCAAAUGAAUGGCUUAUGAAAAACAUGGACCCUCUAAAUGACAAUGUGACCACCCUGCUCAACCAGUCGGCAGACAAGUUUGUGUCUGAACUCUGGAGAGAUGUGGACAGAAUAGUGGGGUUGGAUAAAGUGGCAGGGAUGGCCGAAUCCAUGCAUGGAGCCGUCAAGACCCGUAAGGGAAUGUUCCGUACUGUAGGACAACUGUACAAGGAGCAGCUGACCAAUCUAAUGACCACCCUGAGGAACACCAACCCUAACUUUGUCCGAUGCAUCAUUCCCAACCAUGAGAAGAAGGCUGGUAAAUUAGUACACCACCUGGUUCUAGAUCAGCUCAAGUGCAAUGGAGUUCUAGAAGGAAUUCGAAUUUGUAGGCAAGGGUUUCCCAACCGCAUCGUCUUCCAGGAGUUCAGACAAAGAUAUGAGAUACUCGCACCAAAUGCCAUCCCCAAGGGCUUUAUGGAUGGAAAGCAGGCUUGUGUCCUCAUGAUCAAGGCUCUGGAACUGGAUGCUAACUUGUACCGUAUAGGUCAGAGUAAAGUGUUCUUCAGGGCUGGAGUUCUUGCUCACCUGGAAGAGGAAAGAGACAUGAAGAUCACUGAUGUUAUCAUCACCUUCCAAGCCUGGUGUAGAGGAUAUGUUGCUAGAAGGGCCUUUGCUAAGAGGCAACAGCAGCUGACAGCCAUGCGUGUGAUCCAGAGAAACUGCGCUGCCUACUUGAAACUCAGGAACUGGCAUUGGUGGAGACUCUUUACCAAGGUCAAGCCUUUGCUGCAGGUAACCAGACAGGAAGAGGAAAUGAUCGCUAAAGAGGAAGAGUUAGUUAAGAUGAAGGAGAGACAGCAGGAGACUGUGGAUCAGCUAAAAGAGUUUGAGACCAAACAGCAGCAGUUAAAUUCAGAGAAGUUGGCACUUCAAGAGCAGUUGCAGGCAGAGACUGAGCUGUGUCAGGAGGCUGAGGAGAUGAGGGAUCGUCUCGCCGCACGCCAGCAGGAGCUGGAGGAGGUCCUGCAUGACCUGGAGUCACGUCUGGAGGAAGAGGAGGAGAGAGUCGUGCAGUUUCAGACUGAGAGAAAGAAGAUGCAGCAGAACAUUGGGGAUUUGGAGCAGCAGUUGGAUGAGGAAGAAGCUGCCAGACAGAAACUACAGCUGGAGAAGGUCACCAUGGACGCUAAGAUGAAAAAGAUUGAGGAGGACAUCAUGGUUCUUGAUGACCAGAAUGCCAAGCUUUCCAAGGAGAAAAAACUGCUGGAGGAAAGAAUCUCAGAGUUCACCACUAACCUGGCCGAAGAGGAGGAGAAAUCCAAGAGUUUGCAGAAACUCAAGAAUAAACAUGAGGCCAUGAUCACUGACCUAGAGGAUCAUCUGAGGAAAGAGGAGAAACUCCGUCAGGAGCUGGAGAAGAACAGGAGGAAGCUGGAGGGUGACUCUACGGAGCUCCAUGAUCAGAUCGCAGAGCUGCAAGCUCAAAUCGCAGAGCUCCGAGCUCAACUUGCCAAAAAAGAGGAAGAGCUCCUGGCUGCACUGGCGAGGAUUGAGGAGGAAGCUGCGCUGAAGAAUGCUGCCCAGAAGAACAUUCGUGAGCUGGAGGCACAGCUCUCAGAGCUGCAGGAAGACCUGGAGCUGGAGAAAGCUGCUCGUGCCAAAGCAGAAAAACACCGCAGGGAUCUGGGAGAAGAACUGGAGGCUCUAAAGACUGAACUUGAAGAUACUCUGGAUUCUACCGCAGCCCAGCAAGAGCUCAGGGCAAAGAGAGAGACCGAGGUAUCUCAGCUGAAGAAGACCUUGGAAGAUGAGGCCCGUUCACAUGAACAGCUCUCGGCUGAAAUGCGACAGAAACACAACCAGGCCUUUGAGGAGCUCAAUGAACAGCUAGAGCAGUCCAAGAGAAAUAAGGCAUCCGUUGAUAAAGCUAAACAGGCUCUGGAGAGCGAACGCAAUGAGCUUCAGAUCGAACUUAAGACGUUGACGCAAGGUAAAAAUGAUUCGGAACACCGAAGGAAGAAAGCCGAAGCUCAGCUCCAGGAGUUACAGGUCAAACAUGGAGAGAGUGAGAGGCAGCGAGUGGAGCUGGCCGAUAAAGUGACCAAGAUGCAGGCAGAGAUUGAAGCUCUCCACGGCUCCUUGAGCAAAGUGGAAAGCAAAUCCAUCAAAGCUUCAAAAGAUUGUACCACCGUUGAAUCUCAGCUCAAAGACACACAGGCAUUGUUGGAGGAGGAAACCAGGCAAAAGCUUGCGUUCUCUACCCGUCUUCGACAGCUUGAGGAUGAGCAGAACAACCUAAAAGAGAUGCUGGAGGAGGAAGAGGAGAGUAAGAAGAAUGUUGAGAAGCAGCUCCAAACCGCUCAAACUCAGUUGGUAGAGAUGAAGAAGAAAGUAGAGCAGGAGUCCCAGACUUUGGAUAGCGUAGAGGAAGGGAAGAAGAAACUGCAGAGAGAGGUGGAAAGCCUCGUGCAACAGUUGGAAGAGAGGAACUCGGGCUAUGAUAAACUGGAUAAGACCAAGAACCGUCUACAGCGGGAGCUCGAUGAUGUCCUGGUAGACCAGGCUCACCUCCGUCAGACUGUUCAGGAACUGGAACGCAAACAGAAGAAGUUUGACCAGAUGCUUGCUGAGGAGAAGAACAUCUCUAUGAAGUUUGGCGAAGAGAGGGAUCGUGCUGAAGCAGAGGCUCGAGAGAAAGAGACCAGAGCUCUGAAUCUGGCCCGAGAGCUGGAGGCCAUGACCGACUUGAAAGAUGAACUUGAGCGUGCCAACAAGCUGUUCAAAGCUGAAAUGGAGGACCUGAUGUCAUCCAAGGAUGACGUUGGAAAGAGUGUCCAUGAGCUUGAGAGAGCCAAGCGUGGAUUGGAACAGCAGUUGGUGGAGAUGAAGACACAGCUUGAGGAGCUGGAGGAUGAGCUGCAGCUCACUGAAGAUGCUAAGCUGCGUCUGGAGGUCAACAUGCAGGCCAUGAAGGCUCAGUUUGAGAGAGAUCUCCAAGGCAGAGAUGAGCAGGGUGAAGAGAAACGCAAGCAGUUGGUCAAACAAGUGCGUGAGAUGGAGGUGGAGCUGGAGGACGAGAGGAAACAGCGGGCGCAGGCCGUAUCUGUGCGCAAGAAGCUUGAGCUGGACCUGUCUGAGUUGGCUGCUCAGAUCGACGCUGCCAACAAGGCUCGAGAUGAAGCCCUCAAACAGCUCAAGAAACUACAGGUGCAGAUGAAAGACCAAAUAAGAGAGUUUGAAGAUCUGCGCCUGUCCAGAGACGAGGCCCUUAACCAGGCUAAAGAAAAUGAGCGCAAGAUUAAAAGCAUGGAAGCUGAGGUCAUGCAGCUGCACGAGGAUCUAGCUGCUGCUGAUAGAGCAAAGAGACAAAUCCAGCAAGAAAGAGAUGAACUACAGGAUGAGAUGAACAGCCAGAAUGCCAAGAACUCGAUGAGCAGCGACGAGAGGAGGCGAUUGGAGGCACGUAUUACUCAGCUUGAGGAGGAACUCGAGGAGCAACAUCUCAAUGUGGAACUGGUCAAUGAUCGACUGAAGAAAGCAACACUGCAGGCUGAACAAGUUGGCGUGGAGCUGUCUGCAGAGCGUGGCAACAGUCAGCGUCUGGAGGGCAUGCGCUCACAGCUGGACCGCCAGAACAAAGAUUUAAAGCAGAAGCUUCAGGAGUUGGAAGGAGCUGUGAAGAGCAAGUACAAGUCUGCCGUUGCUGCCCUGGAGGCUAAAGUCGCCCAGCUCGAAGAGCAACUGGACAUAGAGAUAAAGGAGAGGCAGCAGUCCACUAAACAAGUGCGCCGUGUCGAGAAGAAACUCAAAGAAGUCUUGCUGCAGGUCGAGGAUGAGAGACGCAUUUCUGACCAGUACAAAAAUGAGAUUGAGAAGCUAAACACUCGUACGAAGCAGUUGAAGAGGCAGCUGGAGGAGGCAGAAGAGGAGGCGACUCGAGCAAACGCUUCCCGCAGGAAACUGCAAAGAGAGCUGGAAGAUGCCUCUGAAUCCGCUGAUGCAAUGAACCGAGAGUUCAGCUCCCUAAAGACCAAACUCAGACGUGGUGAUUUCAACGUCAACAUACGCCGCACAGUUGGUCGCUCUGGUUUGGAGAGUGAUGAGGAUAUGGACCAGAAGAGCGAAGUGUCAGACACGACUCCCGAGUAAUUCACCCAAUCCAGUCGGUUUGGUUUCGGCGUAUGGCAGCUGAGCCUACAGAUAUUAUUCCUGAGGACCUAUUAUAUGCCUAGCUUACUUCGGUCGAAAAGUUUUGUAUGCUUAGCGCAAUUGCAUGCUAGUGGUGUUCACUGCCGUUUUCAAUAUUUUAAUGGAGGUUUUGAGCCAAACUAGUACUUGCCAUAAUUUGAGCAAUUUUUUCAGAAGUGAUAUGCAUCUUUUUCCUUUCAAUGAAACUGGAAUAGUUCCGAUGGCCUGAUCUGUCUACCCUGCUGCCUUACAAAUAAAUAAAUAUUGGCUGUUUAUGUUUUACAUGGGGGACAAAUUGAUAUCCACUUUCAAAAGAAAUUGUCAGUUUUUAUAACAGGAGGAACUCCCAUUUGUAACCUCAUUACAUUUGUGAAAAAUGUUCAAGAAUAUUAUCGACCAAAGAGAGAUUGUUGUAGGUUUCUUAAUGUUUGAGAGCACUUCAGCACCAUUUAUGCCUUUUCAUAAUCGUUUACCAUUAAUCAACACUUCCACUCAAUUUAAAACACUGUUUGCCUUAAGUUUGUAAAAUACUGCAAGUGUUUUGCUAAAGUUGUUACUCAGGAAAAAUGUUUGCAUCACUUGUUAUGGCAAAGUUAGUUUGACACUUAGUUUGUUCUUUUUUUUUGUUAACACAAAAAAAUCUAUAAUGAUCACACUUUUAGGGGGAGGGUUCUGUAAUAAAGCUCUUAAUUUAACCUUCAACUUUUGCUCCUUGAAAAUGUAUUUGCUAAUGUGCUUUUUCUUGUUGACCUAAAUGUUUUCCCAUUUUUGCUUGUAACAUUCUGCAUACUGAAAACCUGAACAUUUUCAGUGCAGUGGCAGUGUUAAGAACUGGCUGUGUAUUUGGUAUGGCUAAGAUUUUUCUUCCUUUUAAUGUCACAUGCUGUUUCAUUGGAUCAAAUUAUUAAAGCUUGGUCUUUUGUACUCUCAA